CACUUGAUUACGGUGUACUGACUAUGCGCAACGUGUAUAAAGUUCUAGCUCGGCAGUACGACCCUCUGGGUUUCAUAUUACCCUACACAACCCGCGCUAAGUUGCUUGUCCAAAGCAUGUGGGAUAAGCACCAUCACUGGGAUGACCCCCUCCUCCCUCAGGAGCUCCAGUUAGCUUGGAAGGAGUGGGAAGACGAACUCCAUCUGUUGCCUCGCAUAACCUUACCCCGAUCCUAUGUUCCAGCUCACGUGAGUCAAACAGUUGUCUCUAGACAUAUCUACAUAUUCAGCGAUGCGUCAGAGAAAGCCUAUGGCUCUGUUUCUUACCUGCGGACCAAGGAUGCCCAAGGCCAAGUCUACCUGUCCUUCCUGGCAGCGAGAUCAAGAGUCGCUCCCCGGCGACAACACUCCAUUCCACGUCUAGAGCUCUGCGGUGCCCUAACAGCAGCCCAACUGGCAAAGAUGUUAGAAGGGGAGCUGACCUUGGAGAUCGAUAAGAUUAUACUUUGGAGUGAUUCAACUACGGUACUUACCUGGCUGCAGUCGGAGUCGUGCCGUUUCAAAGUAUUUGUGGGCACCCGUGUAGCUGAAAUUCAGGAGCUCACGGAACCCAGUGCCUGGCGUUAUGUGGACUCCUCACUGAAUCCAGCCGAUGAUGUCACACGGGGUAAGACUCUUGGGGAGCUCGCCUUGCCUAAUCGCUGGAGCCAAGGGCCCCCUUUCCUCCUUAAGGAACCCCACGAAUGGCCAUCUCAAUUACCUAGGCUGCCUGAUUCAGAUUUGUCAGAGUACAGGAAGUCAGUUUCCUGCGGUACUGUAACUAACAGUGACUGGCCAUGUUCUCUACAAGGUGGCCAACACACUUGGAAGGAUCUGGUUGAAGCUACGGUGCAUGAACUUCACGGGGCGGCUGGACAGGGUAGUACUUUUACUGCUUCAGAUUAUCAUCAAGCAGAAAUGAUCAUUUACAAGAGAAUCCAGCAAGACUGCUUCCCAGAAGAACUACACCACCUCAAGAAGGGCAAGUCAGUACCCAACGGUAGUCGCCUACUUACCUUGUCCCCAGAGUUAGACCCUAAGGAUGCGAUCAUACGUGUUGGUGGUAGAUUGCGGGGGGCGGAAGUGCUCGAUUCUACUUUUAAACACCCGAUCGUCUUGGAUCCCAGUCACCCAGCCACCAAGCUCCUUAUACAGGACUAUGACACUCGUCUCUGUCACCCUGGACCUGAAAGGGUAUACGCAGAAAUGCGUCGCACUUUCUGGAUUCUGCGCGGGAGAGAAGCAAAUCGUCAUAUACAACAUCUCUGUAAGGAGUGUAGAAGAUGGAAGGCCAAGCCAUCGGUGCCCAAGAUGUCAGACUUACCAGUGGCCCGUCUGCGUCUUUAUAAGCCAGCCUUCUAUUCCACGGGUGUGGACUGUUUUGGGCCUUUCCAGGUGAAGUUGGGGCGCCGCUCUGAGAAGAGAUGGGGCAUUAUUUACAAAUGUCUCACCACACGAGCAGUACACCUGGACCUCUUACAUAGCUUGGAUUCGGACUCAUUUCUAAUGAGCCUCAGGAGAUUCAUUGCCCGUAGGGGUACGCCAGCUGAACUCUACUCGGAUCAGGGCACAAAUUUCAAGGCAGGAGAGAAAGAGCUUCGUGAGACAUUUGACGGUCUAUCCUCUGAGCUUCAGCAACUUCUAGCGAAGCAGAAGAUUGCUUUCCACUUCAACCCCCCGGCAGCACCUCAUUUCGGUGGGGCAUGGGAGCGAGAGAUAAGAUCGGUCAAAUCUGCUUUGUAUACAGUUAUUGGAGCUCAGCCGGUCUCUGAUGAAGUACUAUGUACCGUCUUGUUGGAAGUUGAGGCGAUACUGAACACAAAGCCACUGGGAUAUACCUCAGCCAAUAUAGCAGAUCUGGAUGCAAUCACUCCGAACAUCCUCUUGAUGGGGCGGCUGGAUGGUGCUUUGCCCCAGGUGGUAUACAACAAGAGUGAAGGCUUGAGCAGGAGAAGAUGGAGGCACUGUCAGGUCUUGGCAGACCACUUCUGGUCUAGGUUUAUCAGGUACUACCUGCCUAUCCUGCAGUCCCGACAGAAGUGGCAUACCACCAAUGUGGAUCUUGCCGUCAACUCUGUUGUUCUGAUGAUGGACCCACAGCUUCCCAGGGCUCUUUGGCAAGUCGGCAGAGUAACUAAGGUACAUCAGAGCGUUGAUGGUCGUGUAAGGUCAGCAGAUGUCCGGAUCAAGGACAAAGUCUACACCAGACCAGUUGCCCGUCUCAUUGCCCUUACAGCUAUCCCAGACUCAUAAUGGAUUCUGUCGUAGUGCCUAUGGAGUGGCUGAGCAGUGAGCCUUUCUCAGGAGCAAAUUGCAUGCAAUUUGGGGGCGGCUGUGUGAAAGUCUCACUAAUGACACUGAUUUACGACGCGAAUGGAUAAGAGCGCUCUCGCCCCACUUGCGGGGACUCUUAUUUUGACAGAGCGCAGCUCAUACGGUGGGAUGCUUCAGAGCGUGUGCGCGCGCACACCGCAAUCCAGUCUUGCAUCAGCGUUCAUCUUCAGAGAGAGCGAGCCGUGAAAUUCCCUGACUAAAUGCAGUUUUGAUCUUUAUGUUCUCUAUGAGUGUUUAAAGUUGUGUGCGUCCAGAGAGAAAGUGAGUACUACAAAUAGCACUGUUACUCAGGCUUAGUUGAUUGUUGUUUGCUUAGAUAUCGAUGUGGAAAGAGUUAUGACACAAAAUGGAUGCUAAUGUGAAGUAUAGUUAGUGUUUGAGUUUCAUCCAGUACAGUGUAAUUGCGUAAUUAUGUAUAAUUAUUAAACAUGUAAGCUGUGAAUUAUGUUUAAUAUUCUGCUGUAUUUAAUGACAACAUUGUGUUGAUGUUUGGGGAAGCCAGUAGUUUUAAUGUCAUUUAUGUUGUUAUGAGUGUGAUUGUGAUAAGAAAGAAGCAUUGUUUGUUAGAGCAUAUCUUUUAUUUGUUUUGUUACAGACCACACACAGUCAUACGCUUAUGCUGACACUCCUCAGGACAUAAAGCAAAGAUGAUAUCACUUAAUAUUCAUGCUCAUCUUCGAUCUGUGCACAGAGAGCACUGUUUAAUACAGCUAAUCAAGAUCUGGCUCCCCCUCUUCAUAUGCUUGUAUAAAUAUAUCUGUUAAACUGGAUUCCUUCUCCGAUUUUGGUGUUCUUAACGACACACCCGGCCCAGCUUCAACUCAUUAGCCACAGCUAGCACCUUACAGUCCUUAGCCCCUCAGCUACAAAGGGAAAGUAGAGUAGAGCGCAGUCUCGUGGGUACCCCCCGGCCGUGGGAAUGGACGAGGCCGGUGGAGUGAUUGGAGAUGUUUCGCUUGGUAGGCUUGUCACUGGCUUCCCAACUGUCUCUCAAAAUGUCCAAUGGACCUCGGAUCUGGUGAGCAAACAGUAAUUAAAAAGGAGAAAACCCGGUGGAUGCUUGGGGAACCUCACGGUAGGCAAGCAAAAGGGAAGAGGCAACGAAGAACAGCCAUCGCUUCUGGAACUUCAGGAUACCAUCAUUUCUGCCGUCAUUGACAAGAUAAACGAAAGAGCGGAUCAGACAGACAAGGCGGUACAGUACAAUACAGUCCAGAUAAAUGGUCUGAAAAAGUCUUUGGACUUUUGUCAUAAAGAAGUGGCAGAUCUGAAAAAACAGAAUAGCACCUUAAAAGCUUCAUGCGAGACACUCCAGAGAAAAGUCUGUGAAAUGGAAACCAAAGUAAAUGAGAGUGAUCGAUGCAGCCGACGACAGAACCUACGUUUGCACGGGAUCCCAGAGAGAGAGGAUGAAAACUUGAAGUCUCGUGUGCAAGAGGUCUGCCGUGCGGUGCUGUCGGCUAGUGAGGUUGGAGAAGUGAUUGAGGCAAUUGACGUUGUCCACAGAAUUGGGAGACGCAAAGAUGGCAAUUCCAAUCAGCAACCAAGACCAGUGAUCAUCCGGUUUAUAUCGAGAACAGCGAGAGACUUAAUCUGGAGGACAUCUAAGAAGAGUGAGUUCCUGAGCAGCAAGAAGCUUCGGUUCAAAGAAGACCUGACCGCUGAAGACAGAGCCAUUCGUGGCCGGUUCUGGCCAACUGUAGAAGCGGCAAGAAAGAGAGGAGAGAAGGCUUAUUUCGUGGGGAUCAGAACAUUUGUGAAUGGAAACAAAAUUAAAGACACUUGAAAAGGAAACAUCUUGUAUGCUUUGUUGAAGUGCAACCAUUUCUUAAGGUAACCCCACAUGCAGGGGCGUAGCAACCGGGGGGGACGGGGAGGACACGUCCCCCGCACUUUUAGAAACAGGUGAUUCUGACCCCUGCUAAUUUUUUUUCUUUUUU